CUCUAUUGAUGACUGGAAUUUAUUCUGAUGCAAAUAACGAGCAAGAAUGGGAAUUUGAUGAUCCAAGAUGGUAUGAAAAAAUUCCAAAUUGGUGGGAUGAAAAAAUUUUUGUCCCACCAAAUGGACCAGAAAAAGAGAAACAGCGAAAAUUUUGGGUUGAUCAUGGUCAAAAUUUAUUGAAAAAGAAAAUUAUCAACACAAAACUUAACAUGAACAAAGUGAAGAAUCUUGUGAUCUUUAUUGGUGAUGGAAUGGGAAUAUCAACACAAAUGGCAACGAGAGCUUACAUUGGUGACGUUAGAAGUGAAUUAUCGUUUGAGAAAUUUCCAUUCUCCGGUAUGUCAAAGACUUAUUGCAUUAACUAUCAAGUUUCUGAUUCAGCAUGCACAGCAACAGCGAUUCUUAGUGGAAUCAAAAACAAUUUUAACGUUUUGGGUUUAACUGGUGAUGUGAAUCUUCGAAAUUGUACAGCUCAACAAGACAAAAGUAAGCAUGUUGAUUCAAUCUUUAAAUAUGCACAGGACGCUGGAUUGUCAACUGGUUUCGUGACAAACACUCGAAUCACGCAUGCAACUCUCGCAGCUGUUUAUGCAAAAAGUGCUUCAAGAUAUUGGGAAUCAAAUGAAGGAGUUCCCGAUGGUUGUCAUGAUAUCGCUCAUCAAUUAAUACAUGGUGAGAUUGGAUCAAAACUUGAUGUGAUUAUGGGUGGUGGCAGACGCUCGUUUUUACCCAACACAAAUGUCAAUCAAAAUUCAGAACGAGGUUUUCGCACUGACAACAGAAAUCUUAUUGACGAAUACAAAGAAAAUCAACGAAAGCAAUUUAAACGAUUUUCAUACGUUCAGAAUAGAAAUGAAUUGAAGGCAAUCGACAUUGAUUUAAAUGAUCGAAUAUUGGGGAUCUUUGCACAUAGUCAUAUGGAAUAUCAAAUGUUAUCGGAUACAAAUAUUCAACCGACUUUAACUGAAAUGACAGCAAAAGCAUUGGAAAUAAUGAAGAAGAACGAGAAAGGUUUUGUAUUAUUAGUGGAAAGUGGGAGAAUUGAUCAUGCACAUCAUCAAGGAAGAGCUCGACUUGCACUUGAAGAAACUGUUGAGUUUGAUAAAGUUGUUGAUUAUGUAAAUAAUAUAACGAAUGAAGAAGAUACAUUGACUAUUGUGACAGCCGAUCAUAGUCAUGUAUUUACAGUUGGCGGUUAUCCACCUCGCAAUCGAAACAUUCUUGGUGUUGGAGAUUUCUCGAGAGCUGAAGAAAAAUGGUUUUUUACUCUGAAUUAUGCAAAUGGACCUGGACAUAAAGAACACGCUCAUCCGACAGGUGGAAGACAAAAUCCAAGAGGCAUGAGGUACAUGGAUCCAUUUUUUAGACAGCCAGCAACUAUUCAAAAGGAAGAAGAGACGCACGCGGGAGAAGAUGUUGGAGUUUAUGCAAAUGGUCCUUAUGCGCAUUUAUUUAGUGGAGUUUAUGAACAAAGCUACUUGGCACAUGCAAUGACAUAUGCGACAUGUUUGGGACCGAAAUAUUAUGAAAAAAAUGUUCAUUGUACCGAUGGAGCUGCACAUUUAUCGUAUUCAUCAGUUUUUGUAAUCACAGUGAUCAAUGUUAUUAUACUACUUUGAAUGAAGUAAUAAAACAAAUGACGUCACUC